AUGAUGGCCUUGGUUUCGUCAUUGGGCGAAUCAGCUUCAUGCAAAGGGUCUGUAAAUACGCAAAGUAUCCUUUCGACUCAAGAUGGUUCGAUCACCAGCAUUGAAUCGAAACGAAACUGGCCAAGGAGUAAGAAUGUUACCCUUCGCACUAACUACCGAAUGCCCAUUUCCAUUGAACCAACCACGGAGGAUACCGUGAAUGUAACUGCUAUUCCAAAUUUUGCAAUCUUGGCAGAGGUUGCGUCGGUCGGAGAAGGCAGCGACGCAGUGGCAGUGACAUUCAUGGAAUACAAUGACUCGUAUGUCCCCAACGAACAAGCUGGCAUCAACGUUCAGUUCCCGGCAGAUCAAUUGAAAAGACUCCUUGUGGAUGGAAAUGAUGACGUUCAAGUCGCUCCUGGUUUCACCAGUCUUGCAGACAUUGAGAUCGAAGGUGCCGCCAACGUUCUCAUUAAGGAAGUCAAGCCAAGCAAUGGGAUGCCUUGGAACCUAACUGUGGACUGCAUAGAUUGCGUUGUUCAAGUGGUUGAUAGUGCCCCUGUUUUGUUGCAGCUAACGGGUGGAGAAGUGACGAUUAUCGGAGGAGACGUUGUGGAAGGAUCCUACAUGCAAUCGGGAACACUUACAGUGGCCGGCCAAAUUCUUGGACUAGAGUUUACCGGCUUCGGAAGUGAUGAUGACGAAGACAAGGACAUCACGACAUCUACGUCUUGUGCUGCCGUUGAGUAUGAUGAGUUCUUUGGAAGUCCUUGCAAGGAGGAUCCUUCUAUCUCUGCAACCACAGCAGCAGAGAUUGCGUGCACAGCUCCUACUUGUGAGGUGAAAUGUACACAAACCGUUAUCCAAACUGACUCGUCUUACAGCCGGGGUCGUGACUGUGAAACCAACACAUGUGGCGAGACGACUGGAUCCGCAUCCACAUCUACAGCAUCUGCAGCAACGCGUUCUUUGUGGCAAAGCGCAUCCAUUCUCGCCACAGUGGUGAUUGGGCUGAGUAUGGUCCUCAUCUCUUAA